CUGAUCCAACAUCUUUCCUGUCUUCCUCUGAGUCUCUUCUCUUCAGAAACAGCAUUAUCUUAACUCUCCUUUCUUUUCUCAGUAGUUUUCUUGUCAUUUUUAUACAUUUAUUUGUUAGGGAGUUUCACCAAAUUCCAAAUCACAAGUGAAAGCUAUGUGCAAUCAGAUUUGUAAUGCUCAACAGGCACCAAGUUUGCAACCUUUGCCUUUUGAACAUGUUCAUUCAAAAGAAGCUAACAUAUUGGCUAUUUCAGAGUUGACUCGUGCUCUUGACAACAAGGUUGUUUAUGAAGGAGUAGAAAAACAGGUUCCUUUUUGGCUGGUUUAUGUUUAAAAACGUAGAGAGUGGUGCAGCAUUAAUGGCUUCCUUAGAAGAAAAGGUUAAAACUUGUGGUGUUGGUGUUGUUGGGGGUCAAACUCUAUUUGCUGAGAAGCUCCUCAAGAAAAUGCAAGAGCACUCUGGGGUGAGAAAGACUUUGAAUUCAGAACUGUGGCAUGCUUGUGCUGGCCCUCCUGUCUCUUUGCCUCAAGUGGGAAGUCUUGUUUAUCAAGGAACAUAGUGAGCAGGUGGCAGCUUCCACCAGAUGAACAGCAACAUCUCAGAUUCCAAACUAUCCAAACGUUCCAUCUCAGUUGCUCCGCCAAGUUCAAAAUGUCACACUUCAUACAAAGAUACAGAUGAAAUCUAUGCUCAAAUGAGUCUCCAGCCCUUGAAUUCAGAGAAAGAUGUGUUUCCUAUAUCUGAUUUUGGCCUAAAGCACCGCAAGCAUCCAACUGAGUUUUUCGGCAAAACUUUGACUGCUAGUGACACCAGCACACAUGGCAGUUUCUCAGUUCCACGGAGGGCGGCAGAAAAGCUCUUUCCUCCACUGGACUACACAAUUCAGCCUCCAAUACAAGAACUAGUUGUCGGUGAUUUGCAUGACAAUACUUGGACAUUUCGACAUAUAUACCGGGGUGGGGGUCCUUUCAGUGUUCAACUCUGUCUUUUGCUUUGGUAGAAAAAUCACUAUUUUCAUUUUUCUUUCCCAAAAACCUGAGCAUAAAACACCAAAAAUUAAAACAGAAUUUAAUCAGGUAUUUUUGUCGAAUGCAUAUUUUUUGUAUUAUUUUGAGAGUGCUCCUGACUUGCAAUUUUAAGCUGAUAAUUUGAAUAUUCAGGACCCUUUUUAUA